GGGGUUGCUAUUAGACCCUGGGGAAUUAAGGUCAAGGUCACCUGAUUACUAAAAAUCAAAAAUGGUUUCAGGACAAUGACAAGUGUUUGGAAUGAGACAUUGAAUUAAAUUUAAUAUAUAGCAAGCUACUUAGAAGACCACUGGUGUGGUUGCUUGGACUCCCUCAGGUCAAGGUCACUGUCUAUGAAAAAAUAAAAAUUGUUUUCAGACAAUAACUUGAGUAAGCAAUGAUAUAUUGUAAUCAAACUUGGUAUAAAUCAUGCUUAUUAGAAGACCCAGGUUGGUAUUGGGGUUUUGACUCCUCCGGUUAUGGUCAAAGACACCAUUAACAUAAGUACAAAAAUGUUUUCGGGACUGUUACUACAGGACAGAUACUAGAGAUAGGAAUGAAGUAUUGUGAUCAAACUUUGUAUACAGCAAGCUGAUAAGUUGACCCCAGUUGGGAUUGCUUUGGACCCCAUGUGCUCAAGGACGAGGUCACUGUAACUAGAAAUAGAAAACAAUGAGUAAAUUGGUUUCUGGAAAAUUGUAAAAAUGUUUGACAAAUGAAACAUCAUACAUUAUAGUUAAAGUUCAAAUUUUGUUUCAGGCCAGACUUCAGACCUCUUUUCUUUCAAAAAUGAGAAAUCUUCUGAAUGGGAUAGAUGCAUCACAAGAGGAAGUGAGACAGCUGCAAAAAAUUUAAUUGAUAGAGAAAUGUUACCAUCUCAAAGAGAGUUGCACAAGGCUUGUCGUGUAUUUGGAGUAGAUUCACACAUACUUUCUAAAAUGUGCUCUAUGAUUAGCAAACAUAUCAGAAAAAAAUCAGAAAAUGUAAUUGAUGUAUUGCCAUCCUAUCAAAGUGAUCAUGUAUUUUCCAGUAGCUAUGUGUCUAUUGUUUUUGUAGUAGUGGUUAAGAAAAAUUCCAGAUAUUUGGUAUCCAAAGAUAAUUAUGAAUGCUACAUUAAGGGUGAAAAUGACUACAGUUCUGAAGGAGAAAUUGUAGCUGUUAAAGAAAUGGAAUCUGACAUUCAAUUUUCUGAUGCCGUUCUGGAAAAUAUUAGAAAAUGUGUAAACAAGAAUGCUGAUGAUCUUCUUCAAAAACAUAGUAAUCUAAAUGUGAUUUUGCCAAGUUUGAUGAAAUCAGUAGGUUAUACGUCAGGCAAACAUGACAUUAAGAUUAAACCUUGCAUAGCUCUCUAUGUUUCAGUAAAGGGAUAUAUACCUCUGAAUGAGACACCAUUUGAAAAGGAAAUUGAUGGAUUCCAAACAGAUGUUUUGGAGGGAGAAUUUGAACCAUUUAUUGGAGGACCAAAUCAAUACCACGAACAUCUUAAGAUGGGUGUUGCAAUACAUGCCAAUGUUUCGAUCGGAGGUAAAAUCUCAGGGGGGACUCUUGGAGGAUUUAUAAACCAUUCAGUGCAUGGAUUAUGUGGAAUAACAAGUGCACAUGUUGUAUAUGAUAGUGCUGAAUUAGCAAGGGUGAAAAAUGCUAAAGAAUUAAGUUUAAUAAAGACGGUUUAUCAGCCUAUAAAUGAAUGCAUGUCAGCGUUUGGUGAAGUUGUUCUGGCUAUUUACAAUGAAGGAAGUGAGUCUGAAUCUGGAAUGGAAGUUGCUCUUAUACGCAUAAAAGAUAGGCAACCGAAGGAUGGAAGUUUUCCUGAAGCAUUCAAUAAUUUGGAAGCAGGGUUUGACUCAAGCAAUCAAUUGUGCUUUAACUCUGGUGAAGUGCGUGAAAUAUCAAACCUAAAGCGAAGGACUGAGGUUUACAAAUUUGGCAUGAGCUCCGGGAUAACAAGAGGAAGUUUUGCAUUGUACGGAGGAAUAGUACGUAAAGAUAUGUUAGGACAAUGUAAUGGUUUUGGAUAUAAUCUAAAAAAAUCAAAUGAAAAUUAUUCAAAUUGGAGAGAACCCCUUUUGCAGAACAAGGAGAUUCUGGUGCAUUAGUUUUGAUAGAAGGAACACAUGAUUCAGCUGCUAUUGGCAUUGUGGAAGGUGGUAUGAAGGGUUGUGUGUUUGUCACCCCGAUUUGUGAUAUUUUAAGAGCUGUCGGUUGUACGGAUGGGAAAAUGUGCCAAUUUACCUCGGGAUGUAAUGCAGUUUUGACUGAUUCAGGAGUUGAAAUGGAUGUCUCUUAAAUACUUAAACAGACAUGAAAAAAGAAAAUGCACUAAAAUUGUAAUGAAAUUU